AUGUGUUCUGUGGGCGCCCAGCUGCCCCCCGCCCCCGAGGGCCUAGGCGAGUGGGGCGGGAAGACCUCGACGGUCAUGUUCGCGGGUUUGGCGAUCGGCGGCCUGCGCCAGUGGCUGGUUGAGCGGCGGUUGCCGGACAUUCCGCCGCCCAGCAGCAUGCGGACCCAGGCGCAGAUCGCACGCUUCAAGGCGGAGAUGGAGACCAGGAGGCUGGCGCGGCUGUUCAACGGGAUGCUGCGCGGCGGGCUGUGGUUCGCGGGCCUGGGGGGGCUGUACUUUGGGGUGCAGUCGCUGAGUGAGUACGCGCGGAGGAGGCGGGACGCCUACAACACCGUGUUCGGGGCGUGGGCGGGGGGGGCGGCAAUGGGGUUUGCAGCAAGCUCAGGAGGGCUUCGGAGUCGAUUGGGUAGUGCCGCACUGGGAGCUGGACUGGCAGGCCUUGUUGGAUUUCCAUUAGGCUUGGCACAGCAAUACCUUGAUAAAAUUUCAAACGACGAUGAUGUGCAGCUCCCAGACAAUCCAGUGGUGGAGGUUGUGCCAGUGGUGCAGCGUCCCUAUCCGAGCCAUGACUUUGACGUUGUGGGUAAAGUGGUGGAGCGGCUGGAAAUGAGCCUGAAGGACAGUCCCACAAGGCGGCAGGAUGGCAGUGGAUGA